AUGCAAACUACUAAAUGUGUGGUUAUAGGAGAUGGUUCUGUCGGAAAAACUUGUAUGUUAGUUAGCUACACUACAAAUGCUUUCCCAGGAGAAUAUAUACCAACGGUGUUUGAUAAUUUUACAGCCAAUGUAAUGGUGGAUGGAAAACCAGUUAGUAUGGCUCUUUGGGAUACAGCAGGGCAAGAAGAUUAUGACAGAUUAAGACCACUUUCAUACCCACAAACGGAUGUUUUCCUGACCUGUUUCUCAACAGUUAGUCAAUCAUCUUUCGAAAAUAUAAGGAACAAGUGGAUUCCAGAGAUUACUCAUCACUCUCCAAAUAUUCCAUUUAUACUAGUGGGCACUAAAAUUGACCUCCGUGAUGAUAAAGCCACGUUAUUAAAACUACGUGAAAAAAACCAGUCACCAAUUUCUUUUGUAGAAGGACUUCAAAUGGCAAAGGAUAUUGGUGCGGUAAAAUAUGUAGAAUGUUCGGCGUUAACACAAAAUGGAUUGAAAGCAGUGUUUGAUGAAGCAAUAAGAGCGGUUCUUGCCCCUAUAUUGAUUAAAAAACAUAAACGAGAAUAUAUUCCAACGGUAUUUGAUAAUUAUUCAGCCAAUAUAGCAGUUGAUGGAAAUCCAAUCAGCAUGGCACUUUGGGAUACAGCUGGUCAAGAAGAUUACGAUAGAUUAAGACCACUUUCAUAUCCACAAACUGAUGUUUUCCUGAUUUGUUUCUCAACAGUUAGUCAAGCAUCUUUUGAAAAUGUUAGAACAAAGUGGUACCCGGAAAUAUCUCAUCAUUGUCCUGGAGUAUCAAUAAUUUUAGUUGGCACGAAACUUGAUUUACGCGAUGACAGAGAUACCCUGUUGAAGUUAAGGCAAAAAAAUCAAGCACCAUUAACUUAUCCACAGGGAUUGCAAUUGGCAAAAGAUAUAAAUGCAGUAAGGUACAUGGAAUGUAGUGCUUUAACUCAAAAGGGCCUAAAAAGUAUUUUUGAUGAAGCAGUACAAGCAGUCUUAAGACCUAUACCCGUUAAAAAGAAAAAAUCAAAAUGCAUUAUUACUUAA